AUGCUCGUUGGUGGUGCACCGGCGGUGUCUCUUGGACUGGUUCAAUUCGUUGCCCGCGGCGCGGGUUUCCAGGGCAAGCCCGGCCGACGAAGACGGCCUUGCAAUCCCUGCCGACGACGGCCUUGCAAUCCCUGCCGACAACGACGGUCUCGCAAACGGUGCCGCCAACGCCGCCUUCCCGGACGCCACCGACGACACGUUUCGCAGCAUCAGCAGCGCCUUUGGCGGCAUCAAUUUUUCCGGCAGCGUGCGGGUCAACAUGGGCGUGGCGGCGCCGUCGGUGCUCGAGGCGCCCGGGUUCCUUCUGGCGCCGUGCCCGCAGUGCAAGCAGGCGCUCUAUUUCCGCACGCGCGCGCUGGCGGCGCUCGGCAUGGUUUCGUUGGCGCGCGCCGCCCUCACCGACACCGUCCAGUACUCGGGCGCGCUAGUGGCGCUUACGGGCGCGGCCAGCGGCGUCUUGGCCGUCGGGUACGCCGGGCUCGCGCGAGCAGGCGCAUCGAUGUUGGACGCGCUUGUGCCGGCGUCGCUCCUCGGCCCGCUUUUCUUGCGCCGCGCGCCGCGCGCGCGCCCGUUUGCUCUUUCGCCGCCCGCCUGGGACAACUACAAACAGCACCUCAUUGUGCUCUUCCCCAUCGUCAUGUACCGCGCGCGCCUGGCGCUGAGUGUGGUGCGCUCGGACUGGCGCGACUCCGCCGCCUGUGCGCUCAGCGAGUUUUGGGUGUGCAACUAUCUUUCGUCGGUGGGCGACCACAAACUUGCGCGAGCGGUGUGGGCCAACAUGCGCGCGGCGUUUGGGGCGGCGGCCGCCGACCGGCGCAACUUGGCCCGCUUGUGCCAUCCGGCGGCUUUGGCCCGCGCCCUAGUGGCCAACAUCGACUGGUGGGACCCCAAGGUGUUGGUGGCGUCGAUGGUGCCUGUGCGGUGGGCGUACCAGCUUUUCUUCCGGGCCACCUUCAACCGGUGGUACUUUGA